GUUUGUGUCACAGAGAAGGAAGUUAAAUGUCCAGAAUGGACACCUUCCCAAAGUGUUCAGUCUGUCAGCAGCAGUUUACCCUGAAGGGUCCAGUCCCCUACUUACUGCCCUGUCUACACCCUGUUUGUGAGACGUGUGUGACAUCUGCAGCUGGCGGUGUGAUAUCAUGCUCUACAUGUCAGAGGGAGGUCAACCUCACAGACACAAACCUUCAGAAGGAUGCAGUGAGACAGAAGGAGAUAUUCCACCUGACAGUCAAACAUCACGCAACAGAGCUCCUCUGUACAAAUGAUGAUGACGGGAACCAAGCUGUGUGUUGGUGUCAGGAGUGUGAAGAGUUCCUCUGUGAAUACUGCCAGAACAUGCACAGCAGCAUCAAACUUACCAGGAAACAUGUACUUCAAAACUUCAGUGACAUGGCACCGACUGCUUCGAAUAUUCCAGCCUUCUGCAGUAUCCAUAAACACCAUCUCCUUUAUCUGUUUGAUAAAAGCUGCAAAAAGUUAAUCUGUGGGAAAUGUAGGUUUGAUGUCCACGCAGACCGUGAAGUUGUGGAGUUGGACGUGGCUGCUGAUACUGUAACAAAACAGUUGAACCAUCAUACGGAUGAGCUAUCAACGUUACAGGCUCGCCAGCAAUCACACAUGCAGAGCAUCAGACAGGGAACUGAAUCCACCGACAGAACAAACGACUCUUUGAUAGAAACUAUUUGCCACACAUUCCAAUCUCUGAGAUCACAACUUGACCAAAGAGAGAAGGAACUUCUGAUCGAUCUUGAAAGUCAGACGAAGGAGACCAAGGCAACUCUAUAUGCUCAACUCACCACCUGUGAAGAAAAAUGGAAGACAUGCACUGGGCUUUUAGACUACAUCGCCAAAGUCCUCCUCUAUGCUUCAAAGUCAGACCUCGUGGAACUGGAGAGUUAUGUAGAGGACAUAACUCGGAACUAUCUAGAAACUGCUGCGCCUCAAACACAUGUCGUACCUACAGCUGUCUUCAACACUAACAGCUUGUCAACACUGAAAUCAAACAUAUCAGUGUUUGGUGCCAUUUUGCCAAGGGGAGUGGAUGAGGAAUCUGUGAAAGACAAGGAUACUCAGACUGACGCUGAUGUUAUGGCAGACUUGGAAAUGAAACACAAAAUGGACCUAACAGAGCUGAAGACGAAAAUUGGUUCAGACGAGAAACAUAUGCAGGGCCUCAAAACACUUACAGACAAGCUCAAUGCUGAAAUCAAAAGCUUGAAAUCGUGCAUUGACGAGAAGGAAACCUCAGAGAAGAGAGCCUCUAAAACCAUCGAUGUCUUACUUGGUGUGGCCACAGAUUGCGGUGUUCAUCUGCUGAAGUCAGAAGUUGUAGACAGAUCUAUGGUGCUGAAGUGUAUACAUCUGAAGUAUGACAAAGACAGAGUCAAUCUCGACUUGGUCCACAUCAACACAGAAGGAGACCUGGUCAACAGGAAGUCGGACACCAGACCUGCAGGGGAGGGGAGACUGAAGAAGUACUGGGGCACAUGUAGCACUGCCCCCCUCCCCCGGGCUGGCUGUCCCCAGUACUGGGAGAUGAAGUCUAGGGUCAGUCUGGACAAACCACUCACAGAGGCCGACCUCAUCCUGGAGGUGGGUGUAUGCAGGGAGGAGCAGAGGGACGUGUCUCAUCAUCUAGGUGGACAACCCAGCUCCUGCAGCAUGCUGGUCGCCGACUGUCGUACACACGGCGGGAUAUGCAGUAGGACAUGUAAGGAGGGGAAGCAUGUGCUGUGUCGGCCUGACACUCUCCCCAACACAGCAGGGGCAUCACACACACUACAUUACGGCGUUGUCUAUGAUGACACCAGGAAGAAGAUUGCUUUCAGUGAUGUGAAGGAGAACAAAGUGAUGUCGACGUUAGACAAUGUAGACUCUAGGCUGCCACUGUGGCCGAUGUUCGGGGUGUAUAUGCCCUCAUCGGGUAAUGUCAGCAUGACACUUGUAGUGGGCAGCGACAUCAACAUGACAGAGGAGAAGAAAGCCAUGAUUGUUAAGGCGCUGUCGUGAUGGUGACAAUGAUUGUUAAGGCGCUGUCGUGAUGGUGACAAUGAUUGUCAAGGCGUUGUCGUGAUGGUGACAAUGAUUGUUAAGGCGUUUUCGUGAUGGUGUCAAUGAUUGUUAAGGCGUUGUCGUGAUGGAGACAAUGAUUGUCAAGGCGUUGUCGUGAUGGUGACAAUGAUUGUUAAGGCGCCAUCGUGAUGGUGUCAAUGAUUGUCAAGGCGUUAUCGUGAUGGUAACACUGAUUGUCAAGUCGAUGUCGUGAUGGUGACAAUGAUUGUCAAGGGCUGUAGUGAUGGUGACAAUGAUUGUCAAGACGCUGUCGUGAUGGUGACAAUGAUUGUCAAGGCACUGUCGUGAUGGUGACAAUGAUCGUGAUAUGAACACACAGAAUUUGUUGCAGACACUCACUGCUCACAACCAACUACAUGACUUUAACAUGUCUUCUCUGUGAAAGGUGUUCAUCUUCGUGUGUACAAAUAUCACACAGUAAACAGUGUAGUGUGUACACAACACAAAACCAGAAGUUUAACUUAUGAUCUCCAACACCUAUCAACUAUAACCCCCCGAAUCUGUAAUCUUGAUGUGAUAUGUGUAAAUGUAUAUAACAUUUAGAUAAAAGGUAAAACGUU